AGGCUAUUAUUGUAGUGUUUUCAUUUGUUUGCUCUCUUAAUGAUUUCAUUUGUAUGCGCCGCACGGUUGUCAACUGCCACGGCGCUCUCUUUAAUUGACGCGCAUACUUUCGGAGACUCGUUAUUUAUUUAAAGGCCCAAACUCUCCAAGCACAACUUAAGUCUUACGUAAUUGUGAAGAAAAGAGGGCCCGCCUCCUGACAUUUGGCAGAAAUCGUUUGCUGCUGCCUGUGUCUUCCAAGGCGCGUUCCCGCCUGUUGGUUUGACGCGGACGCGCGCACCCCAGCCCCUGUUUGAGUGUGAAGUCACCCGCAGCUCGGGAAGCUUUUCGGCUAGACAUGGCGGCGGAUCCUAAACCGGACUGGCUCUCCUGUCUUCCGCCUUCUUGGAGUUACGGUGUCACCCAGGAUGGACGUAUAUUCUUCAUCAACGAAGAAGCCAAGAGUACAACCUGGUUGCAGCCCGUUACCGGAGAGGCUGUAAUAACUGGGCACAGAAAAACUCCGGAUUUACCAACAGGAUGGGAGGAAGGCUACACAUUUGAGGGCGCUCGCUGCUUCAUCAAUCACAAUGAGCGAAAGGUGACGUGUAAGCACCCCGUAUCAGGAGCCCCCUCCCAGGACAACUGUAUCUUUGUCGUGAAUGAACAUGUGAAAUACGGAAAGCUUGUCCAUCCCGACAAGCCCCUAGAGUCUGAGACCAGGACAGCUCCAAAGCCAGAGCAGGAAAAUAGCGGCAGUAAAAAGGAACGUCCCAUGAGCACCAUGAGCGAAGCAUCCAACUACACCGGCGGCUCAGACAACAGCAACUUCACCGGAAGCCCUGCUGCCACGUUGACUCACUCCUCUUCGUUCACGCGGCCCUCGAGGUCUUCCAAAAAAGUUCACAACUUUGGCAAGAGGUCCAACUCCAUCAAGAGAAACAUCAAUGCCCCGGUGGUCAAAAGCAGCUGGCUUUACAAACAGGACAGUACAGGCAUGAAGCUAUGGAAGAAGAGGUGGUUUGUUCUGUCGGACAUGUGCCUUUUCUACUACCGCGAUGAAAAAGAAGACAGCAUCCUGGGUAGUAUCCUGCUCCCGAGCUUUCACAUCUCCAUGCUGUCAGUGGAUGACCACAUCAGCAGAAAAUAUGCCUUUAAGGCCACUCACCCCAAUAUGAGGACGUACUAUUUCUGCACCGAUACAGCCAAAGAAAUGGAGGCCUGGAUGAAAGUCAUGACAGACGCCGCCCUUGUCCACGGUGGAGCUGUCAAAAACUCCGCGGGGAAAUGCCCGCAGAUAGACAUGUUGGACAAGUUGAAAGUUGAACAGCCGGCACCUCAGGAGUUGAACAACGUCUUGAACAACCGAGUCUUCAGCCGGCCAGAGAUCCAGAACAACGAACGGAAUCGCGUGCCAGCACGUCAACACUCCUUAUCUCGAAGUGACGAGAAACGGCUGAAAGAUGCAGACAAACUGCAUGGCGAGAAGGAACGCGAGUACUACACCUUGCAGAAAGAGGGCGGGCGAUAUUGCCUAAAGCAAGACUGCGUGAGCUACAUGUUGCAAAAGGACGGUGAGAAGUAUCUCCUGCACAAGGGCGGCGAAAAGUACAUGCUGCAAAAGGAUGGCGAAAAGUAUUCCAUUCACAAGGACGCAGACAAGUGCUCCGUUCGGAAAGUGGAUGACGAUUACAGAGUGACGGCAACGGAAGGAAAACUCGCUCCAGCUAAACUUGGUGAUAAAUGCUUUUUGUCAAAGGACGAUGACACGUUUCUCCUGCAAAAAAUGGGGGUUCCGUCCACCCUCGUAAAAGAGACGCCGAAAUACGUCCCUCAAAGGGAAGUGAGGAGGCAGCUUUCAUUAAAGGAGACGCAGAGUGGGACAUACGGAACGUUGCAAAUUGUGGACAAAUAUCACACUUUGAAGGACGUUCGCAAGUACAGCACGCUCAGAGAAGAGGAUAGAUACGCUACUCUAAGAGAUUUGGAAAAGUAUGCGACGCUUUGUCAUGGGGAUAAACGCCGCUUCCAGCACGAUCCCGGCGUGGACGCGUCUCACGCAAAAAUAAGCAACAUCAAACUGCAGCCAGCCCAGGCGGCUGCCAUUGCAGCAGCCGUGUCGGCUUCCCGCCAGGGCCAGGCUGCGCUCGCGCUGCCAAAACCUGCACAGGUAAACGGCUCAGGGUCAGUAGACCACACGGGCGACUGCGGCUUGCCGGCAGAAAAUGAAAGACAGGCAAGGGUUGCGGCUACUCCGGCUCAGGAAUCAGAUAGAGGGUUGUCCAGAACCAAUUCCACCCAGCAGUUGGAUCACAUGACUCGCAGAACUCGGACAGAAGAGGACAGAAGUGUUUCAUCCUACCAGACAUUACCCCGCAACAUGCCCAGCCACCACCCCCAGCUUGUACCCAGAUACCCAGAGGGCUACCGCACGUUGCCCCGGAACAGCAUGAUGAGGCCCGACAGCAUCUGCAGCGUAGCGGGUUCGGCGUACGAUCGUGCCCUUCGACCUGCCUCGACCAGCACGGUCACCACAGCGGAGAAGAGGAGGUCGAUGAGGGACGACACCAUGUGGCAGCUCUACGAGUGGCAGCAGAGGCAGGCCUCCUCCAGGCAAAGUCUGGCUCAACCAACAGGUCAUUACGGCACCCUUCCCAGUACCAAGACAAUGGGCAACAUAUCAGAACACGCCGCAGUACACUCCAUCCCCACCUCGCCAUCCCAUGGGACGUUAGCCCUCUACAACACUCUGCCACCUCCCUGCAAGCAAGGCAUUUCCAACACCGGCAACUCCCACGCCGAAAUCUCGUCGCCAAUCGUAAGAGAAGAUGGGACACUUGAUCGUCUGCACCGGACACACCCUGCCAAGUUAAGAAGCACACUUGAUCGUCGUCCUGUGGCAGCCGGGGUUCCUUCUCAGCCCAUUACAUCUCAGUCGCUGCAAGGCAAAACGCCUGAGGAACUGACACUGAUGCUCAUCAAGCUCCGCCGGCAGCAGGCUGAGCUCAACAGCUUGCGGGAGCACACGUUAUCCCAGCUAAUGGCCCUGGGAAUAGAGGGGCCCAACCCCAAGACUGAUGUUCUGUCUCAUCAUCUUCAGAGGAACCUUGUUUACCUGGAAAACCAGAAAAAGGAGAACGAGCCCCUUAUCUUCAUGAUUCACACUAUGAUCGAGAACUCGGCACCACGGCCGCAACUCUACCAGCAAAUCACCCCAGAUGAGUACAAAGACUCCUCUAUCAUCCAACCCAGCGAUGACAUUGAUACCAAGUUGAGCAGAUUUUGUGAGCAGGACAAGUUAGUGAGGAUGCAAGAGGAGAAACUACAGCAACUUCACAGAGAGAAGCACACUCUGGAGACAGCGCUGCUCUCUGCCAGUCAGGAGUUAAGCGACCAGAGUGAUCCCAGCACCACAGCCACACAAAGUUUGGUCCAGCAGAGGGACGUGCUCCAAAAUGGCUUGCUUAGCACCUGCAGAGAACUUUCCAGAGUCAAUACGGAGCUGGAGCGCUCGUGGAGGGAGUAUGACAGGUUGGAGGGAGACGUGACUCUGGCAAAGUCCAACCUACUGGAGCAGCUGGAAGCCUUGGGCAGCCCACAGACCGAGCCUCCCAGCCAGCGGCACAUUGAGAUCCAAAAGGAACUGUGGCGGAUUCAGGAUGUGAUGGAGGCCCUGAGUAAAAAUAAGCCGCAGCGCAGCAUCGACAAUUGUACUGAUUCCAAGCCACUCUCCAGCCAACAAAAGAAUGAGGCAGCGACAUUGUUGCCACUCAGUCCUAUCAAGACGGGAACGGGCGUUCCCCCCCGUCCACCUCUUCCACAGUACUACUAUUCCUCCGAGCACCCCCCUCACAUGCCCUCCCACCAUCCAAACUCCAGCAGCCGCCUGCCUCCUUACACACAACGUCCCGAGGACCGCAAAGCCGGCUCGCGGAAUGGCGCGCACAGUCAAGGUCCGGACUAUCGGUUGUACAAGAGCGAACCCGAGCUGACCACCGUCAAAGAGGAAAUGGACGAAGUCAACGGUGAGGACAAGGACAAGAAUGACAUGACUGCUGAGAAUAUCGAUACUGUCACCACCAAAGUACCCCUCUACCCAGUGGGUAUUGUUCCCCCGAGAAGCAAAUCUCCCAUGAGCCCUCCGGAGUCCACGACUAUUGCCUCCUACGUCACCCUGAGGAAGACCAAAAAGCCUGAAUCCAGAUCGGAUCGUCCCAGAAGCGCACUCGGAGACCAAUUUGGCUACGUAGAGAGAGAGGUGGGCCGACCCCGAAUGAGUGUGGAGGAGCAGAUGGAGAGGAUGCGGAGACACCAAGAGGCGUCGUCGCAACGAGAGAAGAGGAGAGAAGCCCUCUCCCGCUCGCAUUCAUUUAGCAAGGAUGAGCCCUUUGUGAUGCCGCCGGAGGUGUGUGAAGACGCAUGGCGUGACAGGGAAAUGACCCCGGAGAGUGGACACUUACUGCAAACUGAGACCAACGACACAGGAGAUGAGCUGUGUGAGAGGCAGACGGCAGUGAUUUUGGACCAGCGCGCUGAGACCCAGCACGUGGAGAUAGUAAACCUCCACUCCUUUGAGGAGGACAAAAGCAGAGACGAUAUGAGCAGCUCGCCAACCAAUAUCACCUCUGAAAACAGCUUCCAGAGUCCUGAUCCAGAGACGCCAAGCCCUGAGCCAAAAGAAGGUGAGGUUGAUGUGCUCCAACAAAAUGCCCGGGAGGGCAGCCUGGAGAACCACUUAGAAUCCUACAGCCAGCUCCCAGCAAAUGACAAGAAAAACAACAACAACAACUUAUUGGGUUCACAAAUAUUCACCCUGGUGAGCAACGACACGUGAGCAUCGAAGCUGGACGUCGGCGACGACGUCCCAUCGAGCCCCCCCCCAAAUGUAGCAAGUUGCAACGAGCAUGCUCCCCGGCUUCCUGCAUUUAUCACACGACGACUGUGACACGACAAAGGAGACUGAAAACAGGACCGCAAGCAGAGUGGCCGAGGCAGAGACGUUAGGUGUACAUGUCCUGAUCCCAAAGGUUUUCUACAAUUAAAAAAAAAAAAAUUAUUAUAUAUAUUAGUACUACGUUAUACCCUUAUCCUUUUUUCCAUGCUGCUCAAAGAAAAGUUGCCAUGGCAGAAGCCUGACAUCUGACAUUUUGUCUUAAGACUGUGAACUACAAAUAAUAAUGCAAGUCAAUGCAUUUGGUGUAAAGAAGCGUAACAGAACAACAACAACAAGAAAAACUGUUUGACUGAAGAAGUAUUAGGUUGACAGUCAAUUUGCAAACAUCAUAUUAAGCUGAUCGUAACCCUGGACCAAAAACAUUUUGUUUGUGGGCUUUUACACAGAGAUCCCGCAUAAUUGCUACAUCAGAGCCAAAAGGGAAGAUUUUUCAUCUCUUCCUUUUUUUCUUUUUUUCUUUUUUUUUUACACAGAAUUCAGCCAAAGCUGGAGAUUGCCACAACUGUGCGCUUUUCACAAAGUGACACCAUUCCGCAGGCAGGUCAUUCGAUGCCUGACGAGGUCAGCGCCAGACACAUAAAGUCCUUAUCUGACGGUGACGUGACUUUUACCACAACAGGGCAGGAGAAGUACAUUCCCAGUGUUAAACUUCAAAUCUCUGUCCCGGAAAGGCCGCAAAUUCUCUGAAGGGAAAAGGUGGGAAAUUGUGUUGCUUUUGCCGACGGCGUGAACUUGAAGCCCUCGUUUAACAACUCAAAACGAAUUUUGUGACUCGAAUGUAAUUAAGAAUAGAAAUUAGAUUUUGUUUCGAAAUAGUUAAAAUUUUGAUAUGCCGUACAAAUAUUAGUAUUAAACCUACAAUCUAAUAUAAUUAUAUAAUUUACAUUAUACAGACUUGGUGAGGGGUGGGGGGGGCGGGGUGUAGUUGAUGAUGUUGAAGUGUACAGUUGUAUAUAGUGGAGCAUUUGAAGUCUUCUAGUGAAUGGCAUCACACGACAACACAUCCAGUGCUUUAUUUCAAAUCCAAAGUGACCACUACUACUGGGUUCUGUUUGAACUUACUAUAAUUUUCAUCGAUCUGGAUUGAUUCGACAGGGUCGUUUCCAGUCACAUUUGGAAGGGGAGAGGGGGGAAAAAAAAUAAAAUAAAAAGGAAAUGGUGAAUGUGUCUGUUCGAGCUGGUGGAGAAUCAGAGAAUAGCACAUCUACGAAGCAAUAAGUGGGACUUGAGAACACAAAAGAAAUGAAAGCGAUGUAAAAUCUGUAUAUAUGAAAAAAAUAAUUUAUGUACACAUUCAAACGAAAGAGCAAAUAUAUUAGAGAGAUUGUUAUUAAUGUAAUUAGGUCCUAUAUGCAAAAAGCUAAAGUUCAUACCCCAUGUGUUUUAUAUUGUGUAAUAAAUGUUCAUGUUCAUACAAA